GCAGUCCGCACCAACUCGCCGUCCGCGCCUCCGUUAUUCUCCCACGCCUCUCCCUCUCCCUCCACGACACACAGGCCGCCUGAGCUGUGCUGCCCUCUCCUCUCCUUCCGUUUUCACCUCCGCCAAUCAUCCACCCCACCCGUCGCCGUCGCCUCCUUCUCUUUCCCUCUCUCCUUUUUCUCCCUCCUCGAUCCUUCGCUACGACGGAGCAGCAGGAGGGCGGCGACGGCGAGGGGAUGUCGGGGGCGUGGGGCGGCACCACGCAGAAGUGCGCGUCGUGCGGCCGGACGGUGUACCCCGUCGAGGAGCUUGCCGCCGACGGCCGCGUCUACCACCGCCCCUGCUUCCGGUGCCACCACUGCAAGAGCACACUCCAGUUUAGUAAUUAUUCUUCCGUGGAAGGUGUCCUAUACUGCAAGCCUCACUAUGACCAGAUAUUAAAAUCAACAGGCAGUUUGGAGAAAAGUUUUGAAGGUGUGGCCCGAUCAGCUAAGUCAGAAAAAUCAAAUGGACAUAAGGGCCAACAAAGCAGUAGAUUCUCUAAUAUGUUUGUUGGCACACAAGAGAAAUGUGUAGUUUGCAACAAGACUGUGUACCCGCUUGAGAAGGUUGCUCUUAAUGGAAAUUCUUAUCAUAAAUCAUGCUUCCGCUGCACCCAUGGUGGUUGUACGCUCAGCCCAUCCAAUCAUAUCACCCAUGAAGGCAAACUUUAUUGCAAGACCCACCAUUCUCAACUGUUUAUGGUUAAGGGGAAUUUCAGUCAGUUCGAGGACAAUUCUGGGAAUGCAAAAGUUGCUAGUGAGAAACAACCAGAAACUGAAGAAGCCACCAAAAAUCCAAAUCAAGGUGAUGAAGUCACACAGAAACCAGUAGAAAAUGAACCUAUAGAUGAGAAAACUUCAAAGAAUGAUGUUGCAGCUGAGAAACAAUUGCAAAGUAGUGUUGAUGUCACAAAACCAUCUGAAAGCACCAUGGCAGAAAAUGAACGAGGUACUGAGAGUGAGUCAAAGAGUAAUGUUGUCAACAACAAGCCAUCAGAAAGUAGUGUAGAAAAGCCACUGCAGAACAGUGUGGUUGAUGUAAAGCCAUCAGGAAACAGUGCAGCCAUGAGAAAACCCUGGCAACGAAGUCUGCAAACAGAUAAACCAUUUCUGAGUAGCACAAGCACUGUAAAGCCAUCACCGAGCAGUGAUGCCACUGAGAAGCCAUCAUCAAGUAAUGGGGUUGAUAUGAGACAGCCUGAAAGCAGCACAUUAGUAAAAAAACCAGGGCAGCAAAAUGUGCCAACUGAGAAUCCACCACAGAUCGUUUUACCAUCAGAUAAGCCAUCAGCGACCAGUGUAGAUGAUGCAAAGCCAUCAGAAAGCAGCAAAGUGGUCAAAAAACCAUGGCAACGCAAUAUGGCUGCUGAGAAGCAAUUACAGAACAGUGCACCAACUGAGAAGUCACAUAAAAGUGUAGCUACUGAUAAACCAUCACCAACAACCGACAUGAAGUCAUUAGAUAACACCACAGAAGUUAAAAGUCCAUGGGGACGCAGGAUGUUCAAUAAUAAGUCACUAAAGAGCACUGUAGGUACUGAGAAAUCGUCUGCAACCAGUGUGGUUGAUGUGAGACCAGGGGAAACCAGUACAGUAGCCCCUGUGCCACAGCAACAAACUGAAAACGUUGAGAAACCUUCAGACACCAGUGCAGAUGAUGCAAAGAGUGCAGAUGAUGUGAAGAGUGCAGAUGAUGUGAAGAGUGCAGAUGAUGUGAAGCUAUUGGUCGCCAGUCCAGAUGACACUAAGAGCGCAGAUGAUACGAAGACUACAGAUGGUGUAAAGCCAUCAGAGACUACUGCAGCUGUAGUUAGAAAGUCAUGGCAACGCAACAUAGACACUGGGAAGCAACCGCUGACCACUGCAGUUGAUCCAAAGACGACUGAAGCUAGUGGAACUGUCAAAAGGUUGUGGCAGCGCAGUGCUGCAACUGAGAAGCUGUCACAAAGUGGUACGGCUGUUGUGAAACCAUUGCAAAGCAGUGUGGCUGUCUCCAAGCCGUUCCAAAGCAACGUAGCUGUGAAAAAGACAUGGCAAAGAAGUGUAACUCCAGAAAACCAGCGAGAGAGUAAUAUGUCUAGCAAUAAGCCAUUGGCAAGCAAGGUGGUCGUUGAGAGUCUAGUGCAAAGCAACACGGUUGAGAAAAUGUUUCAGAGCAAUGUACCUACUGAGGAGCCACAGAAAGUCAUUGUGGCCACUGAAAACCAAUCGCAGACCAUCAAAGUUACAAAGAAGAGCAAUGAUACAUCCAUGAAGCUAUCUGUAACAAGUGAGACAACCAAAGUGCCACCACUUGCUGCAACCGCAUUGCAAAGUGAUGUUUCCACAGAGAAACCAUCACAAACUGACAUGCCUACCAUAACACCUAGUCAGAUCCCUGAGCCCACUGAGAAACCAUCAGAAAGUGCUUUUAAUGCUGAGAAGUUAUCAAAUGUUGACACUGCUACUGAGAAACCACUUCAAAGUAUGAUCACUGAGAAGGUAGAAAGUGUAGCAGCCACAUUGAAGCCAUCUCAAAGUGAUACAGCCCCUCAGGAGAUCUUGGAGAGGAAUAUGGAUACUGAGAAAAUAUUGCAAAGUGCCAUGGCUGUUGAGAAGCCACCUCCAACCAAUUUAAUCACUGAGAAGCCAUCAAUAAAAGAUGCUUCAGAGGAGCCAGUUCAAACUAACGAACAAUCUGAGCAGCCACUGAAAACUGAAGAGGUUGAGAAGCCACAUCAAAGUGAAAAGAUUGCUGCGGAGACGAAAGGGAGUGAAGUAUCUAUUGAGAAUAUGCUAGAGCUUGAAAGUAAUGCCACUAAAUUAAACAAGGAUCACUCAGAACCUGAAGGGCUUUCAUCUGGUACGAAUCCUCCAGACUUCCAAAGCAAUCCAAAUGCUGGGCAGCAAUUAGAGUCUAAAGGCAUUGUGGCUGAGAAGGAAGCUGACAAUAUAAUGGAAGCUAAAAAUGAUGCAGUUGCUGAGCACUCAUCAGAAUCUCAACACGUUGCACCUGCUGAGGUUCCAAAGGAGCAACCAUCAGAACAUCAGAAGGAUGCGGAUAUGCAGCUGCUAUUGGAACCUCAAAAUGAGGAUCAUUCUGGGAAUCCACUAGAGCCUGUUAGUGAUACAGCUGCCAAAGAUUCAUCAGAGCCUAAAAGUGACAUAGCUACAGAAAAAACUGCAGAAUCACAAAAUAAUGCAGAUCAGUCAGUUGAGCAGUCACCAGAACCGCAAAGCGAUAAAUCAACUGAGAAGCCAGAAGUGCAUCAAAGUAGCACACCUAGUGAUGAGCUUUCUAGGCUUCAAAGUGAUGCAGGUGCUGAUAAACUAUCAGUACCAUCAUCAGAUCCUGAGAGCAAUGCAUCUGUCAGUAAGCCAUCAGAGUCUCAAACUGAUGUGAUUACCAUGGAGGCACCAGAACUCCAAAUUGAUGCUCUUCCUGAUAAGGCAACUGAUCAGCCAGUGAAACCUCAAGAUGAUGCAUCUGCUAAGAAGCCAAUGGGAACUGAAAGUGAUGCUGCUUGUGAUAAACCGUCGGAAAGCAGCUCAGAUACUGAAACACUUCCUGUAUGCCAUCAGAACAGCAGCAUAACCACUGAUGAACCUGUACAGGGUGACAUUUCUUAUGAGACACCACAUCAGAGAAGUGCACCCAUAGAAACAACACCAGGAAGUGACACAGUUGUUGAAGAUUGCAUACACCAUGAAGAUACCAGCAGCAAACCAUCAGAGGAAAACAAAGCUAUUGAGGAGCCAGAAGAGGUGAGUGCCAAGCUGCCAGAUGACCAUGUGACUUCUGAGAAGUCAUCAGAGGAAGACAAGGAAAAUGCAGAGCCAUCAGUAGACAAUGCUCCCCUGGGGAAACCAUUGGAGGCCAAUGAGGAGAGCUCAAAGUCUUCAGGGGAUACUGUAACUCCUGAGAAGCCACUGGAGGAGGACGAGACGAGUGCGGAGCCAUCAGAAAGUGACGCAUCCUUUGGGAAACUGUUGGAGGCCGAUGAAGUGAGUGCCAACCCAUCAGAGGAUAUUGCAACUCCUGAGAAGCCACUGGAGGAAGGUGUGGCAAGUGUGGAACCAUCAGAAGACAAUUCUGUUCUCGAUAAACCAUUGAAGGAAGAAGAGGUCACUGCCAAGCCAUCGAAGGAUGUUGUAACUCCCGAGAAGCCACUGGAGGAAGGCUCAACAACUGCAGAGCGAUUAGAAGACAAUGCUGCCAUUGGGGAAGCAAAAGAAGAAGAUGAGGUGAUUCCCAAGCCAGAGUCCAGUGUGGCACUUGAGAAGUCAUUGGAGGGAAGUGAGGCAAGUGUAGAGCCAUUGGAAGACAAUGCUGCUCUUGAGAAACCAUCGGAGGACGACGAGGCAAAUGCCAAGUCAUCAGAGGACAGUGUAGCUGUGGAGAAGCCACAGCAGGAAGAGGACAAUGUAGCUACGGAGAAGCCACAGCAGGAAGAGGACAAUGGUGUCAAGGCAUUAGAGGAGGACGUGUCCCCUGAGAAAUCAGCCAAUGGGAAACCAUUAGAGGAAGAGGACCCAGUCCAUGAGAAGCUGGCAGACGCCGACACAGUCGUUGAGCCGUCAUCUCAGGACGACACUGCCACUGAAAAGCCCUCAGCUACAACUGACACUGCAGAAACUGCAUGAGACAGCAGUUAGCUGGUUACAGUUACUAGUUAGCAACAGUUUUUAACAGAGUGUGGAUCGAAUACUAUUUAUUGGUGAUAGUUCGGCGUGCCUUCUGUUUGUUUUUUUUUUGGGGUUUUGUACAUUGCUUGAGUUGUAAAAUUUGAGGGAAAGAAACUAUAAGUUUUGAUUUGAUUUGAUUUUUUACAAGCAAUAAUCCCCUCCUCUCCAUGUUAGGAGGAGGAUACCAUUGAAGUUCAAUAUAUAGGAUUUGUGUGCGGUUUUGAUUUUUGUUUGGAUGGUGUACUUUGUAAAUGAUUUUGUGCAAAUAUUACUGUGCUUGCUCAUUA